CAAGCUAAGCCAAGUAUAACUUACAUUGGCGAUGUAGUAAAGGGUUGACUCACAAGGUCGUAUUCCACUGGACGAUAGAUCUAUUACUACUUCAUAACUAAUUUACUAUCUAGCCUAACAAUGAUUGGGGGUGUUCUAAGCUAAUGGAGCAACUUUCAAGGAUUUGGUUUGAGUAUAGGAGAGGUACUUGAAGCUAGUUUACCCCUAACCCUAGAUAGACUCGGGCAUGUAUACGAUUGUGAGUUAUUUCCCUUUAUGACGUCAGAUUCCUCUUAUAUAACUACUAGGGAAAUGGUCAUGUCACCUAGAGCACUCCUAGUAGGCUUCUCAGCUCAAUGGUCAUGCAACCGAAAAAUUGCUAGAGAGGUAAGAUUGGAUUCCUACGAGGAUAACCAAGGACAAACAUAACUUCAACUCAUUGAUCAUGUAGUUCAAAUCGUGUCUCAAUUGAUAUGUGUUAUUGGCUUGACCUAAGGGGAUGGUCACCCCUCAACCUAGGGCAAGAACUAGCACUACUCACUUAUACUGAAGCAAAAUAAUGGCAUCAUUCAAUACCAAUUGGUCAUAAAUAGUGGGAGAGAAUUCAUACAUUCAUAUUAAAAACCCUAAUCAUCAAUCUAAAGGUUAGGGGUUCUUACCCCAAGCACAAAGGGGAUUGCCCCAUGGAAGAAGAGGAGAAAACAUCAAGUAAGGAGGAGGAAAUCCUUGUCUUCAUGAACCUUAGCUUGAGACUAUCCUUCAAUCUUUAAGAUGACUCCCCUUCUUCUUAUCUUCGUUCUUCAAUGGAACCAUAAGUUCCUCUCUCUAAGACUCAUCCUUUUUCCUAUGUUCAAGUGAAAGAACCACCAAAAACCCUGAAAUUUCCCUUCAAGUAGGCUCCCCUUUGUCAACUGCAGAAAAGGAGGUGUUUGUAGUGUGCUAACACUGGUCACGGCCUCGAGGGAGUGACCCAAUGGUCCAAGCUGUGACCAUCCUAGAAUGGCAUCGAAUCACCUGAAACUUCGCGUUUUCAAUUCGCCUUCAAGUUCCAAGAUCGCGGCCUCCUUUGUGAGAUCACCGUUGGGAUCUUUAGUCAUGGGCGUGAUGUUUUUCGCGGUCGAAAAGCUCCUUGGCCGUGAUCCAAGUGUCAAAACUCUUUUCCCUCUUAUUGACUGCCUACUGAAGUUCUAACCACUGUUCAUGGUCUUGAAUAUGGUCAUGGUCUGGUCAAGGUCGUGACGUGGCUGUGACCUUUGUUUUUUCUUCCCUUCUUGAUCUUAUGCUUCCGGAUCGUGCUCGGAUGAACUCCAAUAAAUUUCUGAUAAGUCCUAGAUGGCUUUAAGUGCUAGAACUUUUCAUAAAAAAAAGCAAUGAAAAAGCAUAAAAUAUUACAAAGUGGGUCGAUCUCCCCAUAAAACCUUCGUAUCAAGUUAACUCAUGCCAAAAUGGAUGAUUUGCAAAUGGGAAUGAAAAAUGGGCCUAAUCUAGCAUGAUAUGUGGCCUAGACACGAUUAUUUAGCAAUAAAAUGCCUCAAGAAUGAGGGCAAAAUAACACAUGGUUUAAGUGUUAUCAAUAUAUCAUGGGAGCUCUAAUCUAGAUAGGACUCUAUAUUCGAGUUAUCCUAUCCAGCUCAAUUGCACUACCCGGAGAGCGUAGCAAACAAUUGACCUGUGCAAUUGAGGCAACCAAAACAACUCACACAAUUGGGUGAAAACCCGGUACGACAUAAAGAAUCUAAUCACACUCGUUCAUAGACCCUAAUUGUUGAAUUCGAAAUACUUGACAGUGUCGUAUUUGCACAUGCUUGCACCCUUGUUUCUUAACCGUUUUGGCUUAAAUUUGUGGUGUGUUUGCCUAUUUUACGCUAGGUUGUGUUAUUUUGUCAUAUUUCAGGUUCUAGCGAAUAAAGGGAUGCAUAGGCGCAAGUUUCGGGUCAAUCGAAGGUCGUUUGGUCACUCAAAAGCCUCUCAAAAGUGCAGCUGAGAAUGAAAUACGGGCAGACUCCCUACAAAUACGGUCCUAAUACACGAAAUAUGCCUAUAUUCCCAAAAUUAAGGUUGUAAUUCAAAAAUUACUGCCAUUAUUUUUUUAUGUCGAGCCUUAUGAUGGGUCAGGUGCAAAAUACGGUCAAUAAUCCCAAAAAUACGCACGUAUUUCUCAGUGUCUAGCCCGUAAUUUCACUGCCGAGAGGAGCCUUGGAUGCGCUGAGACUUAACCAAAACGCGCGUUUUGGUCAAAAUACGGGCAUGGAAGAAUUACGACCGUAUUUCUGCUUGUAUUUCACCCAGAAUCGAGUUGAAAGAGGCAGAUUCUAGCCAUAGGAAGGGGAGACAAAUUUUUGAGCAGAAAACAGAGUUCUAGAGAGAGAAAGUGUAAAGAACAAACCCUAGGAGCUAUUUGGAGUGGAUUUCUCACCAUUGAAUCCCAGAUUGCAUCCCAAGGAGUGAAGAUUGACAUCACAAAGCAGAUUCUUCCCAUUGUUAUGAGUAUGACUGCUUUGUAUUCUGUUUUCCUCUCUCUCUCUCUAUAUGGAGUAGAACUUUCUCUCACUUGGGGUUGAAGAACCCUAGUUCCAUGUGUGAGGGAUCUUGAUUGUAAUGACGUUUGGAUUGAUAUACUACUUGGUUAUAAUUGAUUGAGGCAUGUUUUAUUGUGUUAAUUAAAGCCUGAUCAACUUUUCUUGAUUUCUGCUACAACCUGAGAUAGAUAGAAUCUGAUUAGGUUGUAAGAGUUUCCUCAAUCGGUAGUAGUGAAUCGGUAAUACGAGAGUUAGUCGAUUCACUGCUUUGUACUGGAAUCCAAUUCCAGUAGUGGAGUUCUGUGUUAAUUGUCUCAGCAUUCUUUAUCUCGGUGAAGACUAGUCGUCUGCUGGGUAGUCUGUCUGAGAGGGCUUGGUCAGCUUAAGAGAUUCCAAGCUACUGUCGGAUCUUCCACAGUUUAAUCAACAGUAAAUCAACCAAAGUUAAUUACGACUUUGACCUAAUUAUGGAGCUAGGGGGACUCAUUCCCCUGCUUAAAAACUUCGAACCAUUUCCUGCUUUCUUACUGCUUUUGCUUAAAAUCACAUUCACUCAACUUAGUCUGCUAGAUAAUAGAUAAUCGCGGAGUUGGCAGUAGAUCUAGACCGCGAGUUGAUAAAUAGAACUUGCCACUAUUAUGCAUUUCCGGACUGCGAUUACACUUGGUCGCAAUUUGGUGUUGUGUUUUAGCGUGUCAUGUUUUUGGCGCAUUGCCAGGGAACCUCUAGGUUAUUCUAGAAAUGUGAAAAUCUGUUGCUUUAGCGUUUUUAUUUUCUUUUCCAUCCUUGCUUUUCACUAGGGUGUUAUGUUUUUGUUGGUGCAGAUCUGAAACAUGGAUCCUCAUGGCUUCUCCAACCGUUGGGGGUAUCAACCACCAUCCGGGUGGUAUUACCCCGAGACUUCCUGGAGAAAUCAAGGAGGAGAAGACUAUGGAUUCUGGUUUCAGUACCAACCCCACUACUACGUAGAACUAGCAAACCCUUAGGAACCUCAAGAACAAUCUCCUUUUUAAGAAGAAUUCCUCCCACAACUAGAGGGGCCAUCUGAGUUGGAGUUAGCCAUGACGGCCUUCACAGGCCACUCUGCAGAGCCAUGCUACACUCCACUGGUAGAUCCGAACAAACAAUUGAGGCUUCUCGUGGAGCAUUUUGCUCGAGACACUGAAAGAUCAUGCUCCAAGAUGGAUCUUCAAAUCCAAGCCCUUGCCCCUUCUGAUCCAUCAUUUCUCCAUGAAAUUGAAGAGGUUGUUCAGUGCUCAGUGAAGCAAACAGAGUGGGUGGAGCAAGUUUGUGCACAGCCUGCUCAAGAUCACCUUUCUACAACCACACUAGAAGAGGUGGAGAAUGAUGAAGGCUUCAGGGACGUUGAGGAGCAUACAGAAGUUAUCACAGACAACUCCCGUGAUUGAUCAGGAAAGUCCUCUGGUGGCAGAUCACACCUUUCCUCAUUUAUGCUCUAACAUGCUGGGCCCGUGCGAGGAGAUGCAAGAUGAUCCGAUUUGGAAGAAGAAGAUAGAGCAAGGGUGUCCAAGGAGGUUGUGGAGGAUGAGGAAGAAAGCAAAGAAGAGGUAGUUCUUGAUAUUUUCCAAGGGGAGAGACCACAUUUUGAAGAAGGAAGGGGGGUUGAGGAAGCAAUUGGCUUCCAGGAUGAGGAUGAAGUUGAGGUGGAAGAGGCUUGCACCGGCCCUAUGUUACAUGUGAUAUCUCCACCAAACUUCUAGGAGAUGCUUGUCAAGGACCCAUUUGCAGUGUCUCUUUGCCAGACCAAGACCACAUCAACAUCGAUCCCUCUUGGUGGAUGCGAUGGUGGUCAAUCGAUGGUAUCUUAUCUGGUUUGGGGCAAUGAGACAAGAGAAGACGGGAAGGAGAGGUCUUGAGUGUGGACACUUCAUCUUCCUCAAGGGCAUGAGUCAUCUUCAUCACCUAUCACACCACCUGCUCGUGACUUGAGACUCCACAUCAUCGACGAGAACUUCAACUUCAAGGAGGUUCUGGGGUGGACCAAAGCUUAGGAGCCACCAUCCAGCUAACGACGUAAAAGAAGCGCUUGUUGGAGGGUUUGCAUUUUUUUUCCCUAUUUUUUUUUUGUUGAGUUAGUUUUGUGCUAUGAUUUUAGAGUCAAUAACUCCACCUUUGUGAGAUUUUUGUAGUGUUUGUGAUCCGACUACUCUCUCCUCCUAGAAUGCACUACCUGCCCCGUCCACCAUUUUUCACACCCUAUCUGGUAACUUCGUUCUACGUACCCUCCUCAUUUUUCCUCCAUUGAGGACAAUGUCGUGCUUAAGUGUGGGGGGUGUACAAUUAUGUAUGUGGGUGACGAAUAGUGUUUUGCUUGUCAUGGAGCCUAGUCCGUUGUCCAAAUCUCGAGAUUUGAGGGCUCCAAGUACUGAUGUUUGCAUGAUCAUAUUGGCACUGUGCGUUUAAUUGGUGAAUCGAAUGGCUUUCGAAUUGAUGCAUGAGAACUGGAUUGUAACUAAGAGAACCUAUAAUGAUGACUGAGACAUGCAGCAGAAUUGUGUAGGAGUUCAGUUUUUCAACUAUUUGCUUACCAAUUGUGACUUGGAUUUAUCACUUGCUCUUGACUGUCAUUUAUGCAUCUAGUUCAGAUAAUCAGAAUGAGAGUUAGAGCAUAUAGGUAACCAUGUGAGAUUUGAGUCUGCUCGUUUCUUUCUUGUGCGAUAGAUCCCUCUUCCAUGAUGUGUAGCAUUCACAUUGCCAUUAGCUAAGAUGAUGGAGUCAUAGGAAUAGCCCACGACCAAAUUGACUGUCCUGGUGUGUCAUACCCCCCUAGUCAGCCCCUUUGAGCCGUGUCACUUUCUUUCUUUCGGUCUACAAUGAAAAAUCACCCUUUUGCAUCUCUUAGAAGGUUCCACAUAGUGGUUUUUGCAUGUUCUCUACUGUUUCUGCUAGAAAUAAUGUGAGGGUUGGAGGUAGUUCUUAAAAGUUGGACAUGUGUUUGAAAAAUGUGCAGAGGUGGUGGUUCUCUCAAGAAAUGAAAAAAUAAAUAAAGAAAAAAAUGAAUGAAAGCAAAAGAGAACCACUACCAAAAAUCUGAAUCAUGUUCAUUAGAUAGUGUUUCUUAGCAGUCUGGCUUAGAAAUACUAACAUUAUUGUGACCUCCUUCACUCUUGUACUCUAAAGAAUUUGAUCAAUGCAGAAUGGCAGAAAGAAAGUAAGUGGUUUGAGUGACUGUAAUUGUGUUAGGUUUGGAACUGUGGAACCUUGUGUAUUGAAUUCUUCCACCACUUAAAAGGCCUUUUCCCCAUGUCCAAGACCCUAGCCAGUCAUCUGAACCUGUGUCUAAGACCUCCGGAUUAGUUAGUGGUGACACCCGAUAUGUGAACGCUAACAUUUAGAGGUUGUCGUCAUGGUGAAGAGACGUUAGGGAUUGAGAGUACGAGUAUGCACAUCUUGCAUCAAAGUUUGUCCUGACCCCACUGGUCGAGAGUUAGUGAUUCAAUUUUCAUAUUAUAUACCCCAGUGACGACCUAGAUUUCUCGGUCUUGAUUCUGAUGUCUUGAGUUUUAUGCAUGGGGUGACUAUCUUGAAUAAGUGGUUGAGUCAAGUCUAUGUUGGUUGGUGAACAGAAGAGAGACUCUUCCUCUACCCGAUUUUGCUACACUCAAAUGUCCAGGUUGCUGUUGAAGUUGUCCAUGUGUUGAUGUCUAAAAUCCAGUAUGAUUCCCGUGUUUCGUGCCUAUAUGAUAUGUCCCCAAGGGUUGCAUGGUUAAAAUGUUUUGAGCUUACCUUGUAUCUGACUUUGUUUGCUUAGGAACAAGCAAACAGUUAAGUGUGGGGGAAUUUGAUAGCGUCGUAUUUGCACAUGUUUGCACCCUUGUUUCUCAACCGUUUUGGCUCAAAUUUGUGGUGUAUUGGCCUAUUUUACGCUAGGUUGUGUUAUUUUGUCAUAUUUCAGGUCCUAGCGAAUAAAGGGAUGCAUAGGCGCAAGUUUCGGGUCAAUCGGAUGUCGUUUGCUCACUCAAAAGCCUCUCAAAAGUGGAGCUGAGAAUGAAAUACGAGCAGACUCCCUACAAAUACGGUCGUAAUUCACAAAAUACCGACUGUAUUCCCAAAAUUACGGUCGUAAUUCAAAAAUUGCUGCCAAUAUUUUUUAUGCCGAGCUUUGUGAUGGGUCAGGUGCAAAAUACGGUCAGUAUUCCCAAAAAAUACGGUCGUAUUUCUCAGUGUCGCCCGUAAUUUAACUGUCGAGAGGAGCAACGGAUGCACUGAGACUUAACCAAAGCGCGUUUUGGGCAAAAUACGGGCAUGGAAGAAUUACGACCGUAUUUCUGCUCGUAUUUCACCCAGAAUCGAGUUGAAAGAGGCAGAUUCGAGCCAUAGGAAGGGGAGACGACCUUUUGAGCAGAAAACAAAGUUCUAAAGAGAGAAAGUGCAAAGAACAAAGCCUAGGAGCUAUUUGGAGUGGAUUUCUCACCAUUGAAGCCUAGAUUGCAUCCCCAGGAGUGAAGAUUGACAUCCCAGAGCAGAUUCUUCCCAUUGUUAUGAGUAUGACUGCUUUGUAUUCUGUUUUCCUCUCUCUAUGGAGUAUUACUUUCUCUCACUUGGGGUUGAAGAACCCUAGUUUCAUGUGUGAGGGAUCUUGAUUGUAAUGACGUUUGGAUUGAUAUACUGCUUGGUUAUAAUUGAUUGAGGCAUGUUUUAUUGUGUUAAUUAAAGCCUGGUCAACUUUUCUUGAUUUCUGCUGCAACCUGAGAUAGAUAGAAUCUGAUUAGGUUGUUGGAGUGUCCUCAAUCGGUAGUAGUGAAUUGGUUAUACGAGAGUUAGUCGAUUCAGUGCUUUGUACUGGAAUCCAAUUCCAGUAGUGGAGUUAUGUGUUAAUUGCCUCAACAUUCUUUAUCCCGGUGAAGACUAGUCGUCUGCCGAGUAGUCUGUUUGAGAGGGCUUGGUCAGCUUAAGAGAUUCCAAGCUACUGGCGGAUCUUCCGCAGUUUAACCAACAUUAAAUCAACCAAAGGUAAUUACAACUUUGACCUAACUAAGGAGCUAGGGGGACUCAUUCCCGAGUGACUCUUCCCCUGCUUAAUAACUUCGAACCGUUUCCUGCUUUCUUACUGCUUUUGCUUAAAAUCACAUUCACUCAACUUAGUCUGCUAGAUAAUAGAUAAUCACGGAGUAGGCAGUAGAUCUAGACCCCAGGUUGAUAAAUAGAACUUUCCACUAUUCUGCAUUUCCGGACUGCGAUUACACUUGGUCGCAGUUUGGUGUUGUGUUUUUGCGUGUCAAUGCUCUAAAUCAACUCUAAGGAGAUAUUCUCUCACCUUGGUCAAUUAUCCCCAGAUUGAGGGAAGUGAUCAAGAAGCUUCAUUUUCCAUAAAUAAUACUAAAAUCAAUGUAUAAUCAAGAUACAGAUCAAGGCAUAGGGAUCACAAAAAAUCAAUUGCAACAUAAUAAACUAGGGUUCUACAACACCAAAGUGAAUUGGAGGACUACUCCAUAGCUAAAGUGAGAAAAACAACCAAAAUGGAGAAGACAAUCAUCAUAAUGAGAAGAUAUUACUCAUUGCUUCUUGUGGUGAUCUUGAAGUUGAAAUCAAGACUUCUAAGGUGGUGGGAAGUUCCAAUUCUCCUUAGAGGAGACUCCUCUAAGGUCUCCUUGCUCGUCACUUUAUCUCUCCAGGGUAGAAGAAGAACUCCAAUUUCUCUCUUAAAAGCCAACUCUUCCUUCAAAUCUGAUUUCUCCUCCCUUAUAUAGUUGACUCACACUAACUACAACUUCCCAAUCAUAGGCAAACAUAACUAACGACCGGGUGUAGCAUAGGAUAAGCAAAGUAAUCAAAUUAUCAAACCACGGGUUUCUAGAUGUAUCGUUACUUCAAACUAGGUAUGUUAUCUAGCCAACAAGAAUAGUGAAUAAUAAACUAAGGGGUGGUUUGCUUCGUGGAUUUGGAUGAUGGAUUUGAUACCCAAAUCCAAUCUAUCAUGGAUUUAAGGGAAAUUUAUUGUUUGCGGGUACUUUUUUAGGGACCAAAUCCUACAUAUUGAUAUGGAAUUUGGAACAUGCCAUAAAUCCAUGAUUGAAUUUUACCCAUAUACCCUCAUGAACUUUGAGUAUUUCAAGGUUGCCCUUACAUUUACCUAUUGUACAUUAUAAUUAAUCAAUCAAUUAACAACCAAAAAUAAUAUAAAUAAUCAAUUAAUGUGCAAACAUGAGUUAGAUUUUCUAUGUCCUUUCUUGUGUUCUAGUUUCCUUUGACAUUUUCAUGAAACAUGAAAUUCUUUAUUCUCCUGUUUUUAAUAUAUGUAGCUAUAUGUUAAUUUUGAAGAGGAGGACAAAGAAUUGAUAAUUGAUAUUUGUCACAUUAAAAGUUAAACUGAAUUUUCAUGUUUAUUAUUAUUGUCUUUGUGGAAACAUUAUGAUUAUUAGUACGUAUUGUCCUUGUUUUGUGUACAUAUCAUAAACAUGACAAACAAAUAGGAAAUGAUAGUAAGGUAAUUUUGGACUUUAAGUUCUAAAUUCCAAAUUCUUAAAUCCAUGAUAAAACAUUUCAACAAACAAAGGAUUGUUACAAAUCCAUAAUGCCUCAAAUCCUUGAGGCUUUAAAUUACAAAACCCUGUUUUUUAAAUUCAUAAAGCAAACGACCGCUGCUAACCUAGCUACACUAACCACUACUCUAACUAAUUAGAAGGUUAGGAGCUCACUUAGGCAUAAAUCACCCUAAUUCCAUCAUUUAGUCGAUCUUGAGCACUAUCCUUUAUUGAUUGACUCGAUACUUCUACCGCAUAGAAUUUUAUACUAGAUUUGACCCCCUAUUCGAGGUAUCCAUCCCCACUCAAUUGUGCUACUCGGUGAGGCUUACGGAAUAGCCGACAUAAGCGAUUCGUUCACCACUAAUUCCCACGAUUGGGCAAGGCCCAUUUUGGCACUACCCAAUAUGACACUAUGGAUUCUAUCACACUUGUUCACAUACCCAUAGUGAAUGAUUGGAGGUGUUUUAUUCAACGUAGGGAGAUAUCCUCUCUCCUAGAGUCAAAAGCUCAAUUGACAUGAAGUGGGAUCAAGACUCAUGCAAUUCAUCAUAAACAUCAAUCAAAUAGAUAAUAUGACUAAUCAAACAUAGGAUUUGUC